AUGUUCCAACAGUUCGUCACUUGGAUGGGGGAGAUUCUUCCGUACCUCGCGACUCCAAUCGCGGAUGAUGUUCAGCAUUUCCUUUACGUGCGGAGUUUGAAUCUGCCUCCUGAUAUCGUCGCAAGUAGUCUAUUUACAGUGGGCCUUAAUGGAAUAGAGAAGAAGUCCUUGGUUUACUCUGAGAUAGAUCGUUCCGCUAAAGUGGAACGGAUGUGUGUGUAUGUGACCUUCCUUGAACUCUUGGACGAACGGCAGGACUGGUUCAGUGAUCAGUUGCAUUAUUCCCACGAACUGGCGUGCCUUUUGAAGAACGACACUAGAGUCCCACCUCCUGCUUACUCCUCUGAGUCGGCAUCAGCAAGCUACACCUCUACCCUUGAACUUGGAAUCUACAAAGUGUGGAUGUUCAGAUUCUUAGCAACCUUGAGUCCAGCAAAGCGCUGGCGUCAGAUGGGCGGCUGGAUCGCUCCUCGAUUCUGCCAGUGCUUUGACGGUGACUUGAACGAGGUGGGCAUAUUGGAGAUACUCGGAUAUAUCUCUCAGGGGCUCAUUCCUGAGGUCUACGCCUUUCAGAACUCCCCCGAUCAGUUAAUUUCAGAGGUCAGAUCUCAUCGCCCCUCCUCACUGUCGGCAGUGCCCUCGCGUCGACUCUCCGAGAUCCUGCGCCCACCUUCUCCCGAACCUAUCUACGACGAAGUGGCCGCCAUCACCACCGCAUCAAAACGGUGGACAUGGACAGCCCCGCCACCACAGACUACUUGGCGUUCCGUUGUCAUGGAGGUUACACCUCUACCCACCGUUCCCUCGGCCGGACCUAGCAGUCCCACUGGUAGCUCUCUUAAUGGUGGUAACGGUGGUGGAGGCACCUAUUCCAGCGUCUACUACGACUCCGUGAUAGCGGUCGAAGAAGAAGAGGAGGAGGAGGAGGAGGAGGAAGUAUCCAAAGAUGGGGAUGCUCCUCCCCGGACGCAUUCUCUGCAUUCUAGGACUUCUCACGAGCAGCUCUCUCGCUCACUUUCAAGCCUCCUGAUGCACUCCACUUUCUCCGCCUCCAACAUCACCGAGGACUCCUCCCUCCUUCGAAGUAGAUAUGAUGGUGUUGGUGGUGGUGGCGGCGUCCGACUACGUCGCUAUCGCAGUCUUGAUUGGCACUUUCGUGUGAGGUCGGAGGCAGUUGACCUCCCCUCUAUUCCUUGUUCUGCCGGGGACAAGGUGGCCUCCUUCCUUGAUCGCAGUUCCGUGACAACACCGACAGCAGAGAUGACAGCACUGCCGGCGCCGGUGGUGGUGGCGCGGAGCUAUUCGUGCGCGGCGUCAACUCCAGCCAAUCAGGCGAAGGCGGAAGGUGUUGUUGUAGCCAACCCGCGGGGAGUAACAGUACCACUGGGACGUGUCGCCUCGCCUCAUGAGCCGCCGCGCGUCGAAGACGAGCACCAGCAACCCUUCAUCGCCUCAAAAUUCAUCGAAGAUGUUGACGAAGGCGUAGAGGAGGCGCUCAAUGCUCUCUCUCGACCGUCCUCGGACAGUCUCAUGAAUAGCCGGAAGUCGGUUUCCUUGGCCGAAAUCCGAAAACUAUUACAGCGUCGGCAGCAGUUCGUCCACCUAAGUUCUUCAUCCACACAGAGUAGCCGUCUGGACUAUUGGGGCGGUGUUCCCCCCUCCCCAUUCUCACCAACUCCAGGAGCAAUUGCAUCUCCUACGGGAUGCACUGGGCAGACGCCUUUCCUGACUGAUGUAGGCUGGACGAACGCGGACGAGUCUGGCAGAGAGCUGGUGGAGACUGUCGAAUAUUGGUUCGAGUUUGAUUUGGAGCCACUGAGUCAUCUUAGCCACGAUGCAGUAACUAACGCAAGGUACUUUUUGGAGCCGGCGUUGUCAUCCGCCACAUCAGCUGCUGUAGUGGAGGUGGAUGUGGAGCCGGAGGAGCUCCCUCAACGGGGCCAACUUAAACGGCGACGCAAUAGACGGCGAAAUUAG